GCAUGGAAUGGUAAUGAACUGUGCUGCCAUAACCAACUGCAUUUCCUUUCAGUUUGCUGCACCAGUAUAGUAUCGAGGAUCCACUAGUCUCCAUCUAUUAUAGUCCAAUCAAGUUCGGUAGAUUCUUUUCCGUAAGGAGUCGGACUCUUCAAUCUAUAGCUCUUAAGCGAAUUACCUCUGCAGUGAAAUGCACAAUUGGUCGAUUACUAUAAGGACCAUGAGAAUGACGACCAUGCUGAUCGACGACGAUGUUUACAUGGCUAUAAUUAGAUUGAUGAUGGUGAUGAUGAUGAUGUUGAUCAUGAUGAAUGAUGAUAAGAAUGAUGAUGAUGAUGAUGAUGAUGAUGAUGACGAUGAUGAUGAUGAUGGUGAUGAUGAUGCGAGUAUAACAAGUAAUGAUGGCAACAAUGGUGAUGGUGAUGAUGCCGGUGCGGUCAUUCUUAAUGAUGUUCUUGAUAAUGAGGUGUCGAGGGGAAUCAGGGGGAUCGACUUUGUAUCCCGGUCGUCGUCUUCAAUCGGAGACGCAAUGAGCCUCGACUUCUCCGAGUCUGGCAGCAUAUGUCGUUCGGAAUGGACAACGGGCGGCAAGAUGCCAAAUCACGAGCCCCAUUCCAGAACCGGCAGUAUGGAGAACAUGAUCGUCCUCGGCAGCCAUAUGAAGAAGGAAUUCGCUGUUGGCGAAUCUCCUGGUGCCAACGAGAUGUACUACAGCGGAGAAGUAAAAGAUCUCAAGUGCGCCAUUUGUCGGGAAAGAGUGGGCAGGGACGCGAAGGGUGAUCCGUUCGUGCCGUGUGAAUGCGCUUUUCCGGUUUGCCGCCCGUGUUACGAGUAUAUCCGAGAGCACGAAGGAGGGGAAUGUCCACAAUGCCACGAAAAUUUCAAGCGUAUGAAAGGCAGUCCGAAAAUACCAGAGGAUCCGGAGGAGCAGGAUGACCAGCACGACGACGAAGCUCACACCCCCAAAAUGUUACCCAUGCUCACAGCAGGCCCUGACAAUCAGGUGGCACGAUGGAGCGGAACAAAUGAUCGGAACCUCGGGCUUGUCCCAGUAAAGCCAAAGCCAAAGGAAAUGCCAAAAGCACUUCUGUCAAUGCAGGUUCUGGAUCCUUCCAAGAAUAUGCAUGAUUAUGGAUUUGGUAGUGUCCAUUACGCCGAUUCGACCAGCAAGAAGGGAGAAGGGCAAACGAUCAUAUGUGACGACACGAAAAGACCUCUUUUUCGGGUACUCCCCAUCGCUUCGGCAUAUCUGAACCCAUACAGAUUUAUGGUCAUGGUGCGCGGAGUGGUGCUGGCGCUCUUUCUCAAGUUCCGAUUGGAGAAUCCAAAUUACGACGCUUUCAUUCUAUGGUGCUUAUCUGUCGCCUGUGAGAUAUGGUUUGGCGUCUCGUGGAUUCUUGAUCAGACUCCAAAAUGGAGUCCCGUCACCAGAGAGACUUAUCUGGACAGAUUAAGUCUAAAGUAUGAAUCGCCAGGAGGAGCCAACAAACUAUUGCCGAUCGACAUCUUCAUCACAACUGCGGAUGCGGAAAAGGAGCCUCCGCUCGUCACUGCCAACGUUAUCCUCUCCGUGCUCGCCAUGGAUUAUCCUGUCGACAAGAUGGCAUGUUAUCUAUCCGACGACGGUGCGUCAAUGUUGUGCUUCGAAUCGCUGACAGAAACUGCAAGCUUUGCACGUGCCUGGGUCCCCUUCUGCACGAAACACGACAUCGAGCCGCGAUGUCCAGAGAUGUAUUUCAAUCAGAAAUUCGACUACACGAAAGGGAAGACGUCGCCAGAUUUCAUCAAAGAACGACGCCACAUGAAGAGAGCGUAUGAUGAGUUCAAGGUUCGGAUCAAUGCUCUGGUCGCGAAAUCUCGGGACGUGCCAAAAGAUGGGUGGAAGAUGGCAGACGGAACCCCUUGGCCUGGGAACAACAGGAGAGACCACGCUGCAAUGAUUCAGGUGUUUCUCCAACCCGAUGGCGAGACGAAGGACAUAAAUGGCAACCCUCUGCCUAGACUGGUGUACGUUUCCCGUGAGAAGAGACCUACAAUCGAUCACAACAAGAAGGCCGGAGCUAUGAAUGCAUUGGCAUUGUAUGGAUUCCUGCCUCCGCAGAAGGCCCAUGAGCUUCGACGAGGGUGCAAUCCUCUGUGCUGCUGCUGUCCGAAGAGGAGACAAGACACCGAAAAAAUCAAGCUGAACACCGCUGUCAUUCCAGGCGAUCGACCCGAAGACGAGGUCCAGCUUGUUCCCACGUCGUGGCAUAAGAAGCGAUUCGGCAACUGCGCAACAUUUGUAGCAACCGUCGUCGAUGCGGAGGGCGGUCUUCCGGACGUCGAUCCGUACCAGGUGCUGAACGACGUCAUCCUUGUGACCUCCUGCGGUUAUGAAGACCACACUGAAUGGGGGAAAACGGUUGGUUGGAUGUAUGGUUCAGUCACAGAAGAUAUCGUCACUGGCAUGAACAUGCAUGUGAACGGCUGGUAUUCCGUCUACACUAUACCCAAGAGAGAUGCGUUCAAGGGAACUGCACCCAUCAAUUUGACGGAUCGGCUGGGUCAGGUGCUCCGGUGGGCACUAGGAUCUGUCGAAAUUUUCUUUUCAAGGCAUAACCCCAUAUUCAACCUCUGGUGCCGGAGCCUGAACUUCCAACAGCGGAUGGCGUAUAUCAACACCUGUGUCUACCCUUUCACCUCGAUCACACUAUGCGUCUACUGUAUCCUGCCGGCAGCUUGCCUCUUCACGAACAAGUUCAUCAUCACCAACAUCGACAAUUUCGCGGUGCUGUAUUUUCUUCUGCUCUUCAUCAGCAUUUUCAUGACUUCGAUUCUCGAGAUUCGAUGGAGUGAACCGUGUUGAAAGCCGGUCUGAGAAAGAAGGGAGAUAGGAAGAUGUAGAAGAAGCUAAGCUAGAAACACAACACGUUGUUCACUGAAGAUACGCUGAUUGCAAACGGAAAGCGAAGAAGAGUGGGGAAAAAAAUCGUAAUAACAGUUUACGCUGGCAGUCUGACGCUUUCGUUAUUAUAUCCUAAUGAUUCAAGCAUUCCAUCGGCACAGCAAAGUGGCAAUAGCAUGUCCAUCCCCGUCCCAUGCUCUCCACGCCCAUCCAUCCAGGUAGACAAAACGCAACCCUCCCUUCAACGAAAAGGAUAUCUAGAUUCUCACUUCUGAUGUCUCCAACUGUUUUUUCACAAACAGCGAGCUCGAUGGUCUCUGCGAGAGAUCCGCGUGCUACAAAUCGAGAGGCUACGAGUAUCGAUCGGGGCAAAGUUCCCGCCACCACUGCGCCGUUUCUUGCACCGUACUACCUUCCGUAGCGGACCUGAGAAAAGGAAAGCCCUUGCCAGCACACGUUCUAUCUUCCCCCUCUUGGUUCUCACGCUGCUUCCCCCCGUACACACGUACGCCACCUCCCUCCCACGAGACUGGCACCUCAUGCAAAGGUCUGUGUAAGUCAAAUUGAGGAAGGCAAGCGUGAAUACCUGCCCCUCAGGCAUAUACUAUGAAGUAUGAAGUUAGAUACUACUACGGUAGCCAUCGGAACUCAUCCAUGGGGUCUUGAUCUUGGACUUCACUGACCUAUCCAUACCUUUGGCCAACAGUGGCCUUGACUGGAUACGUUACUGGAGAAGGGCCCCGGAAAGCGAAAGACGACAAAAUUCACGCAUCUCUACGUGUCGUCCUCGGGAAGACAGAGCCCAUCAUCAUCAAGAGCCACGACAAGCCUUGCCAUGAUGAUGAUACCCUCCACAGCCGUGGCCCAAUAUUACGAAGAAAAGAAUUAUCCGAUCCGAUUCUUUGUCGCAGAUUCUUACCUAGUGUCAUUGCUAACAUCAAGCCAGGACGACCACUGCCAUCGCCCACUUCAAGCGAGAAGUGCUGUCACUGUCAACAGAUAAGCGAUGGCCUUUUCUCGGCAAUAAAUCCAUCAUUAAAUGGGACAUCAUUAAACGGGAUAUCCCUCCGCUCGAAAGGCAAUCGAACCCCAUCUCCCCCCCCCGUCCUUUCCAAACCCUCGCCAGACUCUUACGUCACCCCAAAGGCCGGACAUAAUCCUGCCAUCAUGUCUAAGCCCUCUCAAACCUACAAGCAGAUUUAUGCUGCUGCAUUUGUCGUUUUCCCCAUGUAUGACGACAGUUGUCGUUUAUUGCGCUCGCCGCAACGCCGUUGCGGAGGGUCCUCCAGAUCCACUCUCCAGCACGCGAUUUCGUCAUUUUCCCUAACGCGAUCCCACGCGCGCCCUGCAUGCCGCAAUUGCCCUAACGCUGUUCGAGCAGCCAGCCAUUCGACUCGCACUCGGAAUGCAGAUAUCUACAAUCGCACUGCCAUAUCCACAAACGCCACUAUUGCCAGCUUCAAGAAAGAAAUAAAAUUGCCAGCUUCAAGAAAGAAAUAAAAACAACUGCCCUGGUAAGCACUCCCUCCAAAUGCGACGCGCACUGGGCAACCUGUUGCCCUAGUUAUAGGUGGGACGAAGCUUCGUCACAGUCCUCUUCCCGGAGAGCCAGGAAUGGGGAACGACUGAGGGAGGAUCCAUCGCAAGACUCCACCGCUGCGCACGUCUGCACCAAUCCCUGAACAAGCACGUGUAAUAUUAUAUUCCCUCCAUCUGCUCUCCAUCUUAUAUUCCCUCCCAUCUGCUCUCCCCUUCCCUCCCCUCCCCUCCCCUCAUCCUCUCCCUCCCGAAGCAGGGAAACUUGAAAAAGUAAAGUUGUGGUCAAUCA